AUGAUCUAUUUUUUUUAUUUCUUUCUCAAUCAUUUUUUCUUUCUUUCUCAUUCUUUCUUUCUCUUUCUUUCUUUCUUUCUUUCUUUUCCGUUGGUGUCUUUCUUUCUUUCUUUCUUUCUUUUCUGUUGGUGUCUUUCUUUCUUUUCCGUUGGUUUCUUUCUUUCUUUCUUUCUUUCUUUUCCGUUGGUGUCUUUCUUUCUUUCUUUCUUUCUUUCUUUUCCGUUGGUGUCUUUCUUUCUUUCUUUCUUUCUUUCUUUCUUUCUUUCUUUCUUUCUUUCUUUCUUUCUCGAUCCAUGUCCAAAGACCGGCAGUUUACUAAAAGAGUGGUAUGAGCCGGGGUGUACAAAAUGCAAUUGCGUUAAAAAUGGGUUUGAAUGUUACAGUUGUGGUUCCAGCCAUAUUUUCACACGUCCAGAUUGUUACCUCCAAGACAAAGCACCGCAUGCCAAUUACCCGUUGUGCUGUGAGAAGGAAACUAUUUGCAAGGGUGAUCCGAGAUUUGAAGGAAAACUCCUCGAGGUUUACAAAACCUACGAUGCUCUUUAG